UUCUAUGAUUACAUCUUUUCUUGGACAACACUCAGGUCGCUCCCGGUGGUGAACAGCCACUCGCUGAAGAAAGAGGCGCCCAGCCCAGGGAGGAAGGCUACAGACAAAGCGAUAACGUUCCUGGGCCAGAACUUGCACGUCAGGAAAAAUUGAAAGAACACGGAGAACUUCUGUCCGAGCAACCGAUGUUUCAAGGUGCCGAUAUGUCUGGAGCUUUAUCUCUCGCUGUACCUGAUCACGUGGUCGCAGACGGUGCCAGGCUGCCUGAGGCUGCAGAAGAAAAAAAGGAAGUCGGGCAAGAGCAUGUGCAGGUCACUUCGGCUUCCAAGAAACCUCGACUUAGUGUACAGGCAAUGCUCUUUCAAAAUAUUGCCCUGCCGAUUUCUCCUACCGACGGAGGUGUACUAAGCGACAUGUUCAUCCGGGUGUCCGGGGCACCGAAUCCCGCAUUGACGGGACAACGCGAAGAAGUUGCAGGCACAGAGUUGGGGGUUGGACUCGGAGAAUUGAAAGAUGUGACAGGCAAAGGCAAGGAAGCUUCGGUCAAGGAAAUGCAAGGACAGCAAGGAUUGCGGGAACCUGGCGAACCGAAGCCGACGGAGCCGCUCGCAGCGGGUCGUGGAGGACAACGUCCUGGUCGGGCAUCACCAAAACCAGCAUCCAGUCCAAAAAGCAUAACGGCGGGGUCUUCAAAGCCUCAUCGGGCUAAACAGUCCAAGCACAAACAUGCGGCGGGCAAAAAUCCGGAUCAGCGCCGCAAGCAAGCGCUAUAUAAGCCCACGGGGGCUUUAGUUCCUGUUGACAUUGACGCACCGCCUACAAGGGUGCCACCAAACACCGAGAAUCUUCAGCAAGGAGUUCAAAGUGCGGCUGACUCCGCCAGUGUGGCUCAAGAACAUAUUCCAGAGGCUACGAAAGCUAAGCGAAAAAGCGUCGGACAAGACAAUGAAACGCCCUCUAAAAGGUCUUCCAAGUCACUGGACUCUGCUGGGAAAGCGUCGACGGUCCGCGUGCCAGCUUCACACGUGGAGGAGAAACCACAAGGGAGAACUGUCAUCGGGACGGAAGUGCCACGUGCAACUUCCGGUAAUCAGCAAGUGCAUCUGGCGAGAGUUGAUCUGACUGCAGAAAAGGAAUCCAAGCAGAAGCGCCAGAAAAAGGAGAAAAAGCAGAAGAAGGGAAGGAGCCGAGCCAUUUCUCCAUCGUAACCCAGCUCAUCUAACGUAGGGUCCCAGUGCGUAGCCUAAUCCGCCCAAGAAGUGACACCUUCGUGUCCUAUUUGUGUUGCCGUGGCACUCUGGAUGCCCUGUGAGGUAGUAGGGUCAAGCAAUAUACGGUCCCGAGAAGAGAGCCGAUAUUUUUGUGCGUACAUGCUUGAUGAUCCGCUGCCACAAUAAGAGAAAUAUUGGGAAGCCAAUAGAUUGCCAUCUGUCUAUCUCUGUUGCGAUUCAUAAACAAAACCUCACAGUGCUCUGUACUGCAGCUGUACUUUUUUUUCAGCUGUAGAAGAAAAUUCUCGAGCAGAAUCCGCCUUUGGUUUUCAUUGCAUUUUGAAACAUACUGGGUGUCACAAAAGUAACUGGACAGUGAGAAAAAAAAUUGUGAUCAGACUUGUGAAUGACACCGCAGUUUCACAUGCGAUAUGAUAGCGCUAGACCUGUAGCUCGUCUGAUAACGUCUGUGGGUGCACUCAAAGAACGGGUGCACAACAAUUAUUGCACACUGCAGGCUCUGCAGACACCCAUUACCCACCAUAAAGCAGAUAAGUCCUGCAAACCUCUACCAAAUCUUCAAAAAUAUGCAACCGCGUGUGCAGACAUGUAUUAA